UCAGCACGUCGUUGAGGAGGCGGGGGUGGGGCGUGGUCGGCUUCAGUGUUGGCGUCUCGCGAGGGCUUCCUGCGUUGCUCUGUGCGCUGCGGGGCCGCAGCCGGAUCGUGUGCCUUGUUCUUCCUCGUACCCGGGUUCCCGGGGCCGCUGCCCGACCCUUCCGGACCCCUCGCUCUCGGCUGUCGCCCGGGAUGUAUCACAACAGCAGCCAGAAGCGGCACUGGACGUUCUCCAGCGAGGAGCAGCUGGGGCGCCUCCGGGCCGACGCCAACCGCAAGUUCAAGUGCAAAGUGGUGGCGAACGGGAAGGUUCUGGCAAAUGAUCCAAUCUUUCUUGAACCUCAUGAAGAAUUGGUAAUCUGCAAAUAUUAUGAGAAAAGACUGUUAGAUUUCUGCUCCAUAUUUAAGCCUACAAUGCCAAGGUCUGUUGUGGGUACAGCAUGUAUGUACUUCAAACGUUUUUACCUCAAUAACUCAGUGAUGGAAUAUCACCCUCGGAUAAUAAUGCUUACUUGUGCAUUUUUGGCAUGUAAAGUAGAUGAAUUUAAUGUGUCCAGUGUACAAUUUGUUGGCAAUCUUCGGGAGAGCCCUCUUGGGCAGGAAAAGGCACUUGAACAAAUUUUGGAAUAUGAACUCUUACUUAUUCAGCAACUUAAUUUCCACCUUAUUGUCCACAAUCCUUACCGGCCGUUUGAGGGCUUUCUCAUUGACUUGAAGACUCGUUAUCCAGUACUAGAGAACCCAGAGAUUUUAAGGAAAACAGCUGACGACUUUCUUAAUAGAAUUGCUUUGACAGAUGCUUACCUUUUGUAUACACCUUCACAGAUCGCUCUGACUACCAUUCUGUCUAGUGCCUCCAGGGCUGGAAUUAACAUGGAAAGUUAUUUAUCAGAAAGUCUUAUGCUAAAAGAGAACCGAACCUGUUUGUCACAGUUAUUAGAGACAAUGAAAUGCAUGAAAACCUUAGUAAAGAAGUAUGAACCACCAAGGCCCGAGGAAGUUGCUGCCCUAAAACAGAAACUAGAGAAGUGUCACAGUGCCGAGCUUGCAUUUAAUAUCAAUGUAAAGAAGAGGAAAGGUUAUGAAGAAGAUGAGUAUGUCUCAAAGAAAUCUAAGCUGGAGGAGGAAGAAUGGACUGAUGAUGAUCUUCUGGAUUCCCUAUAACUUUAUGGGUGUUACCAAGUGUUAUGUUGGAACAUAUAAAGUUAACUCCGGAGUUCUGAAUUGAGAGAUAGGGGUGCUUUAUCUUGAGUCAAAAGUGUGCAGUGAAAAUAACUCCCUUUCAUUAAACUUUUUCUAUUUAUGAUA